ACUGCGUGCUGGAUUUCUAUCUUUUUUGCUACUGUGCCAGACAAGGCAAUAAAAAACAGAGUGGGGAAGUUGGAACAUCCGCAACUCAGACAAGGAUGACUCUGCUGCUGAAACCCAUCAGUGAAGUAUUUCUCUUCCAAAGCCAUUUCCAGCAUCCAAGGUUAAUUGCAAACUUUUCUUCUGUAUCAUGUUGUUCCGACAGAGAGAGUUACAAAGCUCAGACAAUGGUACGUGAAUUUGACCCGAAAAUCCCCAUAGAGAAAGCGCUCACUCCACCCAGCUCCUGGUACUCUGACCCCUCCUUUUACGCUUUUGAACUGGAUCGUGUCUUUUACAGGGGUUGGCAGGCUGUUGGGUAUUCUGAACAGAUAAAAGAAGCUCAUGAUUAUUUCACCGGCAGAUUGGGAAAUGUAGAGUUUGUGGUCUGCCGGGAUGAUAAUGGGAACAUUGCUGCUUUUCACAAUGUCUGUAGACAUCAUGCCUCUCUUCUUGUGUCUGGAAGUGGGAAAAAGUCUUGUUUUACAUGCCCUUACCAUGGAUGGACGUAUGAGUUAAAUGGAGCGCUUCGUAAGGCAACUAGAAUUUCAGGAAUACAGGAUUUCAUUGUAAAUGAAUUUGGACUUAUACCAAUAAAAGUUGCUACUUGGGGACCAUUUGUUCUUCUCAAUAUGGACAAGGAAAUUUUACAGAAGGAUGACAUUGAUACUGACAUCCUUGCUAGUGAAUGGCUUGGUAGCUGCUCAGAAAUAUUGAGCCUCAAUGGGGUUGAUUCCCCACUAACUUAUGUUUGUAGACGUGAAUACAUCAUUGAAUGUAACUGGAAGGUAUUCUGUGACAACUACUUAGAUGGUGGUUACCAUGUACCGUACGCGCACAAAGGCCUUGUAUCUGGUCUUACGCUUGAUUCAUACACCACCUCAAUAUUUGAAAAAGUUAGCAUCCAAAGUGUUGAAGGUGGCUCUAAAGAAACGAAAGAUGAUCGGCUUGGAUCAAAUGCUUUAUAUGCUUUCAUCUAUCCAAAUUUCAUGAUUAACAGGUAUGGACCUUGGAUGGACACCAAUCUGGUAAUCCCAUUGGGACCUAGGAGAUGCCUUGUAGUAUUUGACUAUUUUCUUGAAGCUUCUCUUAAGGAUGACAAAGCUUUCAUCGAGAGAAGUCUUGUGGAUAGCGAAAGAGUUCAGAUGGAAGACAUUACACUGUGUGAAGGUGUUCAAAGGGGUAUCGAAUCACCUGCAUAUUGCAGUGGAAGAUAUGCUCCAACUGUCGAGAAGGCCAUGCAUCAUUUCCAUUGUCUGCUUUAUGAUAAUCUCAUAAACUAAUUGACCUUGUAUUUGGGUAACAUGAUCGAAUGAACUCCAAUUUUAAAGCCUUCCAGGUAGUAUGAAUGUUGUUUUUGGAAUUUGAAUAAGUAGAAAUAAAGUGGGUACGUAGGACUGGACAUAUA